UGCAGCACUUCCUCAUCCUGACUGCUGUAUUGAGGCAGACAGCCGUUGCUCCUGACCUUUCAUUUCUUUGCCUUCCAUCUCUUCGUGGAGCUCAGCAAAGACAAAUGUUCUGGUCUGUUGUGCUUCAGGGCACUUUGGCAGAGGGCAGGCUCUAGGACAGCGCACAAAACGAAACACGUGUAGUGAGCUGACACACAGCCAUGAUGAAAUCGGGCGCCACCAAGGUGGGGCUGCCCAAGCUGGGACUCCAGGACCGGGCCAAGCAGGCCUCCUUUGCUCCAUCUUCCUCCACCACCAACUCCACCUCCACAGGCAUAAAGACCUCCAGAUCCUCCAACACACUGGCCUCAGACCAGCGCCUCAGCAAGCUGAAAAGAGCCAGCAGUGAUGAUGCCUUGACGAAGCCUGCACUGGGAGCCGGUGCCUCUGGCUCCCGGAUGAAGAAGACUGUGACCAUGGGAGCCAUCUCAGAUCUCGCUGAAGCCCGUCCUCGCAGCCUAUCUGGUGCACAAGCAGCAAAGAAGUCUGGUAUCCCAGCUCCUAGAGAAAUCCCUUCUACCAUUACAAGAGACCGCAUCUCUCUGAGGGACCAGCUUAGGAGCUCUAAUACUAAGAGGAUGGUUUCUAGUGCCAGCACUUCCAGCCUCUCUACUCUAGCAAAGCAGACACGUAGCGUAACGAAGUCCCGCGGAGAUGCAGAGGGCCAGGAAAAGGGGGUUCUGGAGUGCCAGGUUAAAGAGCUGCUGGCUGAGGCCAAAGCCAAAGACUUAGAGAUCAGCAAUCUCAGGAUGGAGUUGCAGCGCUGCAAAGGUAAAGCCUCCACUGCUUCCUCUUCACCAUCACCCAACACUGUCUCAUGGGAAGAGCCGGCUGCAGAUGGAGAGCAGGGACAGGUGGCAGAGGCCCUUGUGCUGGUCGGGGAGCUGAGGGAGAAGAACGGCAAGUUUCAGAGAGAGCUGGCAGCGCUUAGGGAAGAGAACCAGACACUGAAGGAAAAGCUGCUUUGCUUGGAGGCCUCUCCUCUCUCCAGUACAAACACAAGCGGCCCCUCCAAACCUUUGAUGAACGGUCUGACGCAACAGGACAGUCUCUCUUCUACUGCUAUACCUCUCAAAGCCUCCGUCUCUUCCAGUUCUGACAUCACCAAGGACUCACCAUCACCGGACUCCUCAGAGUUUGAGAAGAUCCCAUCGCGUUCGGAGUCAGAGAGCAGUAGCGUCAGCGGGGAAGCCGUAGUGGCGGGAACAAGAGGGCGGGAUGUGUCAGUGCAGAGUCUGACUGAACAGAUUCACAAGAUGGAGGAGAGUCACCACAGCACAGCUGAAGAGCUGCAGGCCACUCUGCAGGAGCUGGCCGACCAGCAGCAAGUGGUGCAGGAGCUAACAGCUGAGAACGAGCGUCUGGCUGAGGAGAAGCGCCUCCUGCAGACAUCGCUUCAGCAGCAGAGAGAGCGCCUGGAGGUGCAGGCCCAGAAGAACGAGGCGCUUGCUGGCCGACUUCACGAGCAAGCCCAGUCUCAAGCCAAAAGAGAGGAUGAGCUGAGCAGCCAAGGGCCUCGGCUGGCCGAGCUGGAGCAGAGGUACGCCGAGCUGGUCGAGAGCUCGCGCUUCGAACGAGAAAAGCUGGUGGACAUCCAGCAGCAGCUGACAGGCAGUCUGCGUGCAUUGGAGGAGGAGCACCAGGAAGCCCAGGGCCAGGCGCGCUCUCUUAGGGAGGAGAUGGACAGGCUGCAGGCCCAGUUGGACAGAGAACUGCAGGCCGGAGGUCAGGCAGCACAGGCCGCAGAGGAGCAGAGGGCGACAGCAGACUCUCUCCGACUGGAAAACAGUCGGCUGAAAGCGCAGGUGGACAUUGAGAGGCAAAAGGUGGGUGAGCUGAAGGCCAUGCAGAGUGCCAGUGACAGCACUGAGAUGCAGAACCUGCUGAAAACAGCCCACUCUGAGAAAGACAGGCUGGAGGUGGAGCUGACGGAGCUGAGGCAGGAGGUGCUACAGGCCCAGGCCGAGACUGAGCAUGUGCGGUCCACAAUGUCCAAGGUGGAGGCCAAAUGCCAGCAGGUUCAGGAGCGGGCCGAGAGGAGGGAGCAGGAGCUCAGCAGCCGGGUGACUUCCCUGGAGGAGGCCGGGAGCCACGCUGAGAACCAGGUGAAAGAACUGAAAGAGACCAUCUUUGAACUGGAGGACCAGGUGGAGCAGCAGAGGGCCGUCAACUGCCACACCAACCAAGCUGUCCUGGACAUGGAGAAUCUUGUCAAAAAGCUGGAGGAGCAGAAAAUUGAAGCAGACCGACAACUGAAAGCCUUGGGUAGACAGAUGAAGGAUGAAAAAGAAGAGUGGCGUCGGUUCCAGGCGGAUCUCCAGACAGCGGUGGUGGUGGCCAACGAUAUCAAGGUGGAGGCUCAGCAGGAGCUGCGUACACUCAGGAGGCAGCUGCAGGAGGAGCAGGAUCGCAGUGCAAAGCUUUCUUCAGACCUUGAAGCCCUGCAGGGUGUCAGGUGCCAAGGUGAGGAGGUGAGGCUGUCCGACUCUGAAAACAACCGUCACUGGUGCGGCAUCUCCAUGAUCCCGACCACACCCACCGACGCCAGCGGAGAUGCCAACUCAGAGUCCGGGGCUACUGUUAAAUCCCUCAUUAAGUCCUUUGAUACUGUUGGACAGAAUGGACCGGGCCACACAGUUCAAAUGCAUUCCUCCCCAAGAAGCCCGCUGAGUGGGAUCCCUGUACGCACUGCACCUGCUGCUGCUGUCUCCCCUAUCCAGAGACACACACACAUUAAACCCCUAUCAAAGACAUUGGAAAAAAGAAUCAACCGUGGAGAAUUCUCUCAUCACCAUGAUAAGUUGUCUGGCUGCGGGGAAGAUCUGAAACCUAACAGCCUAAUGAGGAAGAGCCCUUCGCUAGAGUCUGUAAUCAAACCCCCCGCCUCCCUCAACAGCCGCACUGCAUCCUUCAGCUACAACCGAGGCAACAGCAAGCUUAGUGUGGAAAGAACGGACCCCUUGGCUGCACUGGCGCGGGAGUAUGGAGGAUCUAAGAGAAACGCUCUACUGAAGUGGUGCCAGAAGAAAACACAAGGCUAUCCGAAUAUUGACGUGACCAACUUCAGCAGUAGUUGGAGUGACGGCUUGGCUUUCUGUGCCCUCUUGCACACAUAUCUGCCGGCCCACAUCCCUUACCAGGAACUCAUCAGUCAAGAUAAGGUCCAGAAUCUGACCCUGGCUUUCCAGGCUGCCGAGAGCAUUGGGAUCAAACCCUCUCUGGACAUCGAAGAGCUGAUGAAGACGGAUAGGCCGGACUGGCAGAGCGUCAUGCAGUACCUCGCUCAGAUCUACAAGUACUUUGAGACCUGACGGGCGGGGUCAGAGGAGCCGGAGGCCGAUGAGUUGGAGACACUGCGGCACUUUCCUGUCCCUGUCAGCACGGCAGUACAUUCUCCAGACAGACAGACAGACAGACAGACGCCGCCACCUGAACCCUUCUAAUCAACACUACAGACAUGACUUUUCUUGAGAAAUGUAAACCAGUCACCAAGCUGCUGUUUUCUCAUUUUUUUAACAGGACGCUACAUUAAGCGCUGAGGCCCAGAAGACCUCAGCCAAGAAACACGUUACUUUGUUCAUUUGCACAAGUGUUUCUUGAGCAUCUGAUUCACAGACAAAUGAAAGCAGAUCGCACAUUCUGGGGCAAUUUAAGCCGUUUGGCAGCACAACCAAGAGGAUUAAAAACUGAUUUUAUUUGAUUUUUUUUAUUAAUCACUCUUUAUUGUCUUUGAAAGAAAUGACAGAAAUACAUGACUUUUGUCACAAACGGGCUGUCAAUAGAAAAUAUAUUUUUUUCAUUUGCUAUUUGUCAGUGUUUGUGAAUCAAAUGCUCUGCUUUUGGUCAUUUUUAUCAUGUGCCAAACCUUGUGCUAGGCCUAUCUAUGCAUGGUGAAAGUGGAACCUGUGUGAGUACGCAGUGUGACAUCAUGAGGAAAGCCUUGGGAAACCUACCUUUUUUUCAUUUUGUUCUGUUUCUUCUUCCGAGGAUCGAUCACUGCGAGUUAUAUUUUGCAGAGCAGAGUAUUGGAUUAUUUUUGGACCGACAGAAUUGAGUUGAACUGAAGUCUUUUUAUUUUCACUUUUAAUGUGUGUUCUUAAGAAUAGACAAUGGAUAAACCUUAGCUGCCAUCUGUGAUGUGACACUAAAAAUGAUCUAACACUACGAGAGUUGCUAAAUAGUUUUGUAGAAAUAUUUUUUGAAAACAGAUUGAUCUCUAUGUUUGCAUUACUACUACAGUGUUAAGGAUUGGCUGAAUCAGACCAUGACACUGUGUCUUCCUGUGUUGUGUCUCCGCGUUUCCAUCAAGAGUCCCUUGACAACUAUGGUACUGCAGCUGCUUUGCAAAAUAUAUAUAUGUAUAUACAGUAUAUACAGUAUAUAUAAAUAUUUGGCAUGCCAUGUUAAUUUAUGAAGGAGAGAAAGACUUUUCCAUGUAUAGUUGAGGCACUUUUAUUUUCACUUUCUCUGUGUUAAGAUUUAAAUAAGCCUCCAUUUUGCAGUUGCCCUUAUGUUUUGGACAUUUGAUGUGUUAUUUAUUUAUUUACAAGACUUUCUGAAAAGUGAGAAUGUGGACAGGAGUGUGUGCAGGUUUCUGUGCACGGAUGUCAGAUCUGGAGGCCUGACAGGUGGAUAUUGCUCAAUAAAGGAGUUUUAAAUU